GGCAGUAGUAGCACACACAACACACAAAACAGAGUGCUGCUCUUAAAACCCUAACGAAACCUGCGAUAAACCCUCAGGCCUUUUUACCCAACAAGUCGGUGCCUUUAUAAACUUAAGCCGCCGCUUAAACAUUGGAAAGUCAUGUUCUUUCACUUUCCUCUCCUCGCUCUCUCUUCUCUCCCUUCCUGCCAUGGUUGGUUUUCCAGCUAAACAAGCUAAACCCGUUGAAGAAGAAGAAGAAGUAGAGCUACCAAUCGAUCAAAACUCCAAGGUCAAGGACGCUCUUGAUUUCCCUUGCAUCGAUUCCUAUCUCGACUUCGAUUCCUGCAACUGGCUCGGGAACAAUCCCAACAUCGACGAGUUUGGCGUUAAAGAUACGGACUUUGACUUUUUCGAGGACGAGAUGGAGGCGAUCGGACAAGGAGGUGAGGAGGUUCAGAACACGGUUCUGUCUGAGGCAGAGCCCAAGCUUUGUGAUGACGUGGCGGCUGAACAAGCUGUGGAAGAGUUAGGUAGUGCUGUUUCUGACAACUCUAAGCCAAUGGAAGAUGUGUCUGCGUCUGUUGAUUGUCCCAACAUGAAGUUGGAUGAGCCAGAGUUGAAGAAAACGGAUGUGUGUUUGGCUUUAGGGUUGGAGAAGGUUAGUUUGACCACGGGUGAUGAUGAGAAGGGGAAAAGUAUCAGUAUUAUUGCUGAGUCUGAGAGCGAAGAAGCCUCGAGCUCUUCUUCUUCAUCGAGCUCCAGUGGUAGUUCCAGCAGUGAAGAUGAAGAAGAAGAAGAAGAGAGUGAUGAGGAGGAUAGUGAAGAAGAGGAAGAUGAGAUGGUCAUUGUGAAAGAGGAUGGUGUGGCAGGAGAGCUUGAAGAGGGUGAGAUAGAGAGUGCAGAUGAGGUUGAAGAAGACGAAGAUGAAGAUAGUGAUGAUGACGAUGACGAUGAUGAAGUGAAUGAGAUGAUUGCUUGGAGCAACGACGAGGAUGAUGACCUAGGUUUGCAAACAAAAGACCCUAUAAGGUCAAAGAAUGAGCUCAAGGAGCUUCCUCCAGUUCCAGCUGUGGAUGUGUCUCUGGAACCUCAUCACAUCACGCUUCCUGUUGGAGUUGUUCUUUCGGUGAUGGGCGCACAAGUCAUAGUGGAGGGAAUGGAGCAGCACAGUCCUUUGACAGAAGGCUCUAUCCUAUGGAUAACGGAAAAAAGAACGCCGUUGGGACUUGUGGAUGAGAUCUUUGGACCUGUCAAGUGCCCUUACUAUAUCGUGAGGUUCAACUCAGAGAGCGAAGUGCCAGAGGGUGUUAGCCAAGGCACACCCGUCUCGUUCGUCGCUGAUUUCGCUCAGCACAUUCUCAACAUCAAGGAGCUGCAGAAGAAAGGCUACGAUGCAUCUGGAGAUAACGACGAGGAGAUACCAGACGAGCUCGAGUUCUCAGAUGAUGAGAAAGAAGCUGAGUACAGAAGGAUGCAGAAGAUGGAGAAGAGAGGGAUGAUGAUGAAUGACCAAAAGAACGGUAACGGAAGAAACAAGAAGAAGAAGAACAGAGAGCACGGAAGGCCUGAGAACCAGGGGUCUAGUUCUCUAUCCUCAAACCGUUGUGAUCCUCAGAUGGGUGGUGGUCCGGUUUCGAAUCAUCAGGCAAGGCCUCCUCAGAUGGACGGUGGUUUUCCUCAAAACAAUGGAGCAUGGAGACCACCCCAGAGUAAUCAGCAGAACCCAUACCAGCUUCCUCCUAUGCGUCCUCCUAAUCAGAUGGGAAUGCCCAAUCUAGGUCCAAUGCAGCAGAUGCCUUUGAUGGGAAUGCAAAAUCAGAAUCAAAUGAUGUUCCCACCACCGCAGUUCAAUGGUGGCAUGAACUUUUUUCCAGGACAGGGUUCAGCGCCAUGGCCUGCGUUACAGAACUGUUUCAACCAACAAGCGUUUGGUGGGAUGGGUCGGGGUAUUCAGCAUCCACAGUUACCUAAUGAUCUGAGUUUUAACAUGUUUGCUGCUUCUCAAGGUUUUCCAAUGCAGCGGCCUCAGUUCCAAAUGCAACCGCAGUUCCAAUCUCGCCCACCCAACCCAAUGAACCCGCCAUUCCAAAUGCUGAACAACAACAGGCCACCGUCUCCAAUGAACCCGCAGUUCCAGAUGCAGCCACAGUCUGAGAUACGUCCACCAUCCCAAGUCCAGCAGCACUCACCAACUAACCCGGAGUCCCCAGUGCAACAACAAGAACAGUCUCAAGGGUUUAGCAACGGGCAGUCUUCUGAACGGGGAAGAGGCCACCGUGGUGGUCGUGGCAGGGGUAGAGGUAGGGGUCGUGGUGGUAGGUUUGGUCGUGGACGAGGUCGUGGUCGGCAAUAGUCUGGAUGAAGCUGUUUUUUUUUGUGAAGCAUUAUGAUGUGUCAAUCAAAAGCAUGUUUUUAAAUUUAGUUUUGUAUGCCAGUUUUUGUUUAGACAACUCAGCUAUGAUUGAAUGAUCUUUUUCUU